GCGUGCAUAUAAUAGGACGGCCCACAUAAAGCCCCGCCUCAGUUGUCAUGGCUUUUAGGUUACCCGUAUCUUUCCUCCUCCUGUCACCACUUCGUAUAGCUGCGAGGAGCGGAGUCUGGAGCAGAGCCAUGUCUAUCAAGGUAGGGGAUCCAAUUCCUGAUGCACAAGUAUUCGAUGGCGGCCCAGGAAACAAGAUCAGUGUGAAGGAUGUGUUUGGCUCUGAGAAGGGGAUUCUGUUUGGUGUCCCAGGAGCUUUCACCCCGGGAUGUACCAAGACACAUUUGCCUGGAUACGUGAGUCAAGCUGAGGACCUGAAAUCCCGUGGAGUGAAAGUUAUUGCUUGUAUCUCUGUCAAUGAUGCCUUUGUUAUGAGCGAGUGGGGGAAAGCUAAUGGUGCGGAUCAAAAGAUUCGGAUGUUGGCUGAUCCCACUGGGAACUUCGUCAAGGCUGCUGGAUUAGGUUUGGACAAACCAGAGCUGCUCGAUCUCUUUGGGACCCAAAGGUGCAAGAGGUUUUCUCUGAUAGUUGAAGGUGGAAAGGUGAAAGCCAUUAAUGUGGAGGAAGAUGGGACCGGUCUGACCUGCAGUCUGGCUGCAAACCUAUUAUCUCAACUCUAAACUGGAAAUCUGCAUACACAUUAUGUCACUGUUCUUAGAAUUAUAGCUCUGCAGAAAAGUUAGAAUCAGGACUGGUUGUAUAAAUUACCAUAAUUACAUAUUAAAGGCAAUAUCAACUAUU